AUGCUUAAUAAAGCUAAAUACUUUAGGCAUUCCUCACCCAGUUUGAUGAAAGAGGAUUCACAGGACGACACAAAGACGGCAACAGCCAACAGACAGAUAGAUAUCUCAUAUUCACAUCUAUCUAUCUAUCUAUCUAUCUAUCUAUCUAUCUAUCUAUCUUUGUUCCUUAUCUAUCUAACUCGGUCUAUUCAUGAUCUAUCUAUCUAUCUAUCUAUCUAUCUAUGCCUAUUUUUCUUAUGUAUCUAUCUGACCCAUCUAUUCAUGAUCUCUAUCUAUCUAUCUAUCUAUCUAUCUAUCUAUCUAUCUAUCUAUCUAUGUCUAUUCAUUAUCUAUGUUAGUCUCUCCCUAUCUAUUUAUUUAUUUAUCUAUCUAUUGAUCUAUCUCAAUCUAUUUAUCAUUCUAUCUGUAUAUGUUACACAAUAUAAAUGUAUUGAAUUUUGGCUAUCAUUCUCUAUCUAUCUAUCUAUCUAUCUAUCUAUCUAUCUAUCUAUCUAUCUAUCUAUCUAUCGCGGUUUGUUCAUUAUCUAUCUAUCUAUCUAUCUAUCUAUCUAUCUAAGUCUUCCCAUUAUAUCUAUCUAUUUAUCUACCUAUCUAUUCAUUAUCAAAAUCAUUCCAUCCUAUCUAUCUAUCUAUCUAUCUGGAAAUAAAUGCAUAUUUCAUAGCAUCUGUCUUCAUGAAUGUAUCCAUCCUCGUUCAUCGGCAGCCGAUGACAAUGCCUUACGGAGUGGAAAGGAGACCGACUGCAUAGAAAAUUGGAUUCAUCGAGACCAUUAA